CAAUUGUUUUGUUUUGCAGCCUGACAAUCUUGGUAUCCCAACAUCCUUUACUUCGGCAACGGGAUUGUUCAAUGAUUCGAAGACUCAAUUUGGUUUCGUCAUUCGCGAGAGGCGAGAGCUUUUGGAUCGCAUAAUUGAUUCUUCUUGUUGAAAUUGAGCCACUAUUUCGAUUCCAUUAAGUCUCCUCGUGCACAGUCUAGUUCUUUCAUGUUUUACUUCAUGAUCUGUUGGUCCCUCGGACGAUGGCAAAUCUAUUUUGUCGAUUGAAUGCUGCUUCCGCUCGAGAGGAGUCAAGAAGCACUGGCAGGGUAAGUGCGUCAUACAUGUAACCGCAAUAAUGUAAAUAUAUGUUUAUAUUUUCACAAGUUGUAGACUUGAAAACACUUGUUCUUUGUUUGUAAGGAAUCGCUGGCUAUCGGCUUCCUUUUUCUUUCUUAGUUCUGUGUAGCCAAAGUAAACGGAACUACGCGUAGGAUUCAUUAACAAAUAUUGAAAUCCGGCAAAUUAAGUUCGGGCGAAGCGGGUUAUGUCGUUACUCGGUAGGAGAAAUUCUAAAUGUAGUCUACAAAUACCACAAGGUACGAAGCUUUAUUUCAGAUCGUAGUUCCUCUAUAAGGAAGCCAAUCCACUCGCCUCACCCAAUGUGCUCAGCACGCGUGCGAAGGUGGAUUUUAAUCUCGAGUUUGUGAGCAGUUAAUUUCUUCCAUAGUUAUUUGAUCAUAGCUAACAGCAGGAACUAUGGUUUGAUCAACCCGUGAUUGAAAGAUCUUUGGAGAGAAUUGGCUUGAGGAGUGCUUACGAAAUCGCAUCGCUUCGAGAGUAACCUCAGGCGAUGCGAAAAGUAUUCCAUUGUUGUAAGACUUAGUAUUUUAUAUUGUCAUACUUUAUUAUUCAUGCAUAGUUUCCUGGCAUACUUAAAAGAACAUUUCUGCUUGGGCUAGUUGCACAACGGCACUCAAGCCAGGCAAAGUUAUAGUAAUCUUGCACGCUCCCCCAGGUCCUGAACGAACGAAGUCAAGAUGAAAUUAUUUUGAAGGGAUGCCUGAAAAAUUUCCUUGCGUGACAAGUACAUUCUUAGCGUGACGGGAUAAGAGAUGAUGUUCGGAAAACUAAACGGGAGUUAAACAAUGUUAUUUUACGUUUGCUUUUUCUUAAUCAUAAUUCUUAGUAUUUUCCCUUUUUCUGAAUGAACACUCAUUUGUGUGAUAAUCGUAAAAGGGAUAAAUUCAUUUGACAUACAUAGCUAGCAGGCAUUUUUCUCACCUCAAUACCCUCAAGAUCCACAAAUAAAUAUUCUCUUUAAUGGUGUAUGAAGCAAUUUUCAACUCAAUGCAGAAAAGUAAAACGGAAUAAGAGGGUCUCAAUGGGGUUAACCGUUAGCCGUAAAACGGCCAAAAAUUUAGCCGUUAGGCGUAAAAAUUGAUAAAUUUUAAUAGUUAGUUGUAAAAAGUUAAUCGUUAAAAAAAUUCUUGUAACCACAAAGAAAAGAUAUUAACUGUUAGCCGUUAAUUGGCCAGAAUUUAUUCAUUAGCCGUGAAUGCCAUCACCCCCACUGAAACAUUACAGUGUAUGCUGAAUUACAUUUCGAGGAACAUGUCCAAUAGCAAAUUACAAGUUACUCUCCUCGCGGACGAAUGGAAGUCUUCCAAAGGUGGCCUGUCGACCAUAAAUCGAGAAUUGGCGAUACAGUUGGCUAAACAUCCCAAUGUGUCCGUAACUUUCUUUGUCGCGAAAUGCACUGAAGACGACAAAAAUGCAAGUAGUGGUUGUAACGUGCGUAUCGUUAAAGCACGGGAGCGGCAUGCAUUCGAUCCACUUGAUUGGUUAAGUUUUCCACCAGAUGAUCUCUCCAUAGACAUAAUCAUUGGCCAUGGUGUAAAACUUGGUAAACAAGCUCAAAUAAUAAGGGAAAGCCAUCGGUGUAAGUGGGUUCAAGUUGUACAUACUGCCCCUGAGGAACUUUCCAUGUUGAAAACGUACUCAGAUUGUGACAAUGCCAUAUCUAAGGGCGACAAAAAACAGUGGAAUGAAAUCAAACUGUGCCAGAUUGCCGACCUAGUGGUGUCUGUUGGACCAAGGCUUUGGGAGUUUUACUCGCGUUACCUUAGCUCCUCCGGAAAACAUGUAUUCAAUCUUACGCCAGGUAUCUUUUCUGAAUUAUCCUCGUUAAAGCUUUCCACAGUCAAAGGUAAGAGGUUCAAUGUUCUGUUGUUUGGACGAGGCGACUCAGAAGAUUUUAAACUCAAGGGUUUCGAUAUAGCGGCCAAAGCAGUCGCUCAACUGAAUGACACAAGUUAUAAGCUCGUCUUUGUGGGUGCACCAAGUGGAAACGAGGAACAAGUGGCAGAGCAACUGCUUGAGUACGGCUUGAGCAAAAAGCAGCUGAUUGUGAAGUCAUUUCUUGAAAAUAGGGGAGAUCUUGCAACCCUGCUAUCUACAGCAGAUCUUGCUGUCAUACCCUCAAGAUCGGAAGGAUUUGGUUUAACCGCUUUGGAAGCGUUAUCUGCUGGUCUGCCUUUUCUUGUCACCCAAGCUAGUGGAUUUGGAGAGGCUCUGCAAGAUGCUCUUCCUCAGAGUACCCCUUGGGUUGUGGAUUCUGAGGAACCAGAGAAGUGGGCAGAAGCUAUUAAAAGUGUCCGAGAAAAGGGUCGCGAAGCAGCAAUUGCAGAAUGUCAAACUCUACGGGAAAGCUAUGGCAAGAAGUACAUCUGGGAGAGUCAAUGCAGGGAUCUUGUGGAAAAGAUGGUCAGCCUCGCUAAUGGUAAGCACUUUUCAGUAUAUCUUUUGUGAAUCGUUCUUGUCACGGUCAUAGUGAUUUUAGGUCUGGCUGCAAAACUAAGCCAACUUACCUGUGUCCCAUUUUGUUUCAAAAGGUUUUCGUUCUGCUGCGUGAAAACUCAUCUACACUUUCCCUUACUACACCGUCCUGAUGAUUCAUUUCUAUUAUCACUGCUAGUUUUUUUUUACAUUUUUGUGUUCUUUUCUGCUUAGCUACUUGAGUGAACUGACCAUGGUAAAUGUUUUUCUCUAUAUUACUUUUUUAACGUGAUAACAUCAAAGUAGUAAGUUAAUUUCAUAUCAAAGGUCAGUGGUGAAUUUUAAGCGUAGUAAUAUAGAAAUAUAGAGAGAUGGUUUUUUUUAAACAUGUAAAGAGCGUGGCACAAAGAAUAAUUCUGAGUUGCCAUGAGGAAUCGACCUCAUACCAAGGAAUUUGGCGCUCUGAAUCUCUUACACUGAGCCACUGAUACUCUAGGGUGAGCUAAGUUAUUACAACGUAAUAUCUAAGGAGUGUUCAGCAUAGUGCUGUUAUCGACCUGGUGGCUCAGUCUCAAUGACUCGGAGGUAGAGCGUCGAAACGCGAAAUCCGAUGAUCUGUCAUACAAUUCCUCAUGAGAACUCUGCUUUCUCCGUUUAUCCCACGCUUGUGAAGAGACGAAAACUGAACAUCUUUCUCAUUUGAACUACAUUACAUAACAUUUGCAGCUUCAGGAAGCAAGAUGGAGUCGUCAGUUACUGCUGCUACCUCACAAAGUUUGAAUGAGGCCUCUACUGUGUACCGUUCAGAUGAACAAAGUACCAAAACGCACCUUGAAGUGAAAAAUGCACAACUGGAAGAUGAGUCUGGACUGUCAUCAAAUGCAAGAGGUCCUUUACCUGAAGACCAGUGUUUGACUGAACAAAGGCUCGAGGACAAACGUGAGGAGAGACGAGAAGGUUUCACUGCUCAUGAUUUUGAAACGACCAGUGGAAGAAAGUCAUCAUAUUUUUGUAGUCAAGGAAUCAGGCCUGAAAAAAAUCUUUCCCCAAGUCUUGAAAGACCCAAAGGUUAGAGAAUUACAUUUAUAUCAGCAAUUCACUCUAAAUUAUUACUAACAUAAAGCAUUACUACUCUGGUCUUAGCAUUUUAUUCCGUUUUGAAUGAACAAUAUUGGAAAGGAGGCUUUACAUUUCCUCAGAUAAUUAGAUCCGAUGGUCUGUUCAAUUUCAUAUGAGGACUCUGAGAUCUUUAUUUGUCUCACGUUUGUGAGAAAACGAAAACUGAACAUCUUUCUCAUUUGAACUACAUUAUGUAACAUUUGUAGCUUCAGGAAGCAAGAUGGAAUCGUCAGUUACUGCUGCUACCUCACAGAGUUUGAAUGAGGCCUCUACUGUGUACCGUUCAGAUGAACAAAGUACCAAAACGCACCCUGAAGUGAAAAAUGCACAACUGGAAGACGAGUCUAGACUGUCAUCGAGUACAAGAGGUCCUUUACCUGAAGACCAGCGUUUGACUGAACAAAGGCUCGAGGACAAACGUGAGGAGAGACGAGAAGGUUUCACCGCUCAUGAUUUUGAAACGACCAGUGGAAGAAAGUCAUCAUAUUUUUGUAGUCAAGGAAUCAGGCCUGAAAAAAAUCUUUCCCCAAGUCUUGAAAGACCCAAAGGUUAGAGAAUUACAUUCGUAUCGGUAAAUAACUCUAAAUUUGUUACUAACAUAAAGCAUUACUACUCUGGUCUUAGCAUUUUAUUCCGUUUUGAAUGAACAAUAUUGGAAAGGAGGCUUUACAUUUCCUCAGAUAAUUAGAUCCGAUGGUCUCUUGUUCAAUUCCACAUGAGGACUCGGAUAUUUUUAUUUGUCCCACGUUUGUGAGAAGACGAAAACUGAACACCUUUCUCAUUUGAAAUACAUUAUAUAACAUUUGUAGCUUCAGGAAGCAAGAUGAAAUCGUCAUUUACUGCUGCUCCCUCACAGAGUUUGAAUGAGGCCUCUGUUGUGAUAUCAGAGAUAGAUGAAAAACAAUCAGUCGCUUCAUCAAAAUCUGAACUGUGCCAGAAACUCCAAGAAAAUAGACCAGAACACUUUGUGGGUGUCGACGAAGGUAAUUUUUCUGAACCGAAGUAUUGAAUCCAAUGACUUAGCGCAUUCAGCUGUUUCGAGAAAGAUUGUCGGAAAAAAGCAUAAAAGUAGGUGCAACAACUCCGAAAUGUAUCUUGGGUAGUUUUCAGGUUACGGUUCCUUUUCAGGGGAAACUGAGGAAGCGUCACAUUUCUUUCCUGUAUGGUUAAUAAAUACAAUUUACGAUAACUUUUUCACGACUAAUGGCCCAAAUAUGUCAAUUUGUUUUGUUGUUUUACGGCUAACGAUUGACCCCAUUGGAUCCUUCCUGUAAAGACGAGGCAAAGCGGGUUUGAUUAAUGUAGUAAUAUAUUUCACUUAUUAAAAUUCAUUGAUUACCAGAUACUCAGAUAAUCUUUCGAUAUCGUGCACUUUUGUUCUUUUUCCGACAAUCUUUCUCGAAACAACUUCAUUGCCACGAGCAGCGUUUUUUGCUCUUGAGACGACUCCUAAUGCUUUCGGUAUUUUAAAACACACCAAUUCUAUGAUGGUUCCUAGCCUCCACACUUUUUUAUUGUGUUCCUUUAAAUUGAUAUGAGAGAAAUGCUCAAAUAGUUCUUAAUAAGUAUGUUAAUUUUCCUUAAUUUUAGGGUUAUCAUAGCAACGAUGCAGAAAAAAAAUUUUUCCUCAAAGGUUCAAAAAGCUGUGCGUACAGUUCAGAUCAGAUUCUCCAUUUUUUGAAAACUAUUGAGCCAUUUGUAAAGAAAUUCGAAAUAAGUUAUACACAUAUACACUCCACUUUUGUCAUUCAUGGAAAGAGCGGGCGUAAAUUCUAAACACAUUCCGUCACGGUAAGUGCUACUUGCUGUGUUUGAUUGUUAAGGUUUCAGAUCAUUUGUCAUCAUUCUAAGAAAUAUACCGUUCCAUGUUUCAGCAGGGGGAAAUGUUAUCAAUGUUAUCGGCGGUGAUGACAAUUCCAAGGAGGAUGGCGAAGAGGAUCAAGACUUUAUUUCACGCUGGGCGAUGGGGAAUGUUUCCUCACAGUUCAGCGAAGGGAUUUCGCAGUCAAUAAACCGAGUCCAUCUUUUCAACUGUGAUAACACAUACAAGUUGGAGCCUGUCGAGAACUUGCUGAAUAAAAUCGCAGAAAUCGAUGGCCACCAUAUGUGUGUGGUGAAGCACUCAUUUAAACUUGCCAAAAUGUCUGAAGUAGUUGACCUAAUUUCAACUCUGGCGAUGGAUAUGGCUGUUUUUGUUGUCCAUGCACAAGAAUCGUGGCCGUCAAUCAACGAGGACAACCGUGGAAUCGGUUACACCAGGAUAUACAGAGCUCUACUACAAGCAACGGGUAAGAAAAAAAGCACUUUCACUCCGUAGAUUUCCCCCUAAAAUUUUCUGGAGUUUAUGUGAUUAUAAGUACUGUAUUUUUUCGCUGUUUUCCUAAAGAAAGAGAGCAGCGAAAUUUAAUGCAAAAUUUUGUACAUUAUCUACCAACUAAGCUCCAUCAGGCAAUAGACUGAAAGUGGAAAUAAUUGUCGCUCGUCUUACGGAUGCUUACUCGAAUCUUAUAUACCAGCGUUUGACGUAAAUUUUUAGGGAGAAGCUCAACCCUGAUAAAACCCCUUGUCUGCGCUGAAGGAAACGGUGACACAGCUUCCGAACAUACGUUCCAAUAUCACAAUUAAUAUUGGGACUACUGAUUAUAAUCGUGAAAUUUCUUAGUUUAAUUUCGAGACACCUGGCUUCUCGUUCAAGUUGAUCAUUGGUCAGCUAACGCCAUCUAUCGACUACCAAUCAAGGUAUAUCACCGGCGGAAGAACAGUCAUGGUCAGUAAUUAAUGUGCACCCAGAAUCCUCGCUGAAAAAAAAAAAAAAAAAAAAAAAACCUACAAGGCUAGAAUGUUUAUUCGGCUUCGAGGUUCUAUUGACUUUUGUCGGCGGCAAUGUAAUAAAAAGAUGUUAAACAUAACGUUCUGUUUAAUAUGUUUUUACGAGUGGGAUGUUGCCAGGUCACGACCAAAAUUUAGUGGUUGACGAUAUUUGUAAAGAUAUUUGAAAUAAUACAUAUAUGUUAUUUGCCGGCUGGGAGGUCCGUAUGGUGAAAAACGGUGAGUGAGGUCUUGAAAAUACUGCCCGAGGCCGUAGGCCGAGGGCAGCAUUUUCAAGACCGAGGUCACAGUUUUUUACUAUACGAACCGCCCCUUAGCCGGUAAAUAACAUUUUUAUUUUUUUUAAACUUGACAAAAUUCUUUCCGAAAGACUCGAAUGAUUUAGGGCUGCAAAUACGGCAAGAUCCUCCAUAAAUAGAACAAUUUUUGAGCGAGUAAAUGGUAAUUAAAAUAGAGAUGAUGCAAAUUAAAGAGAGAUGCCUCACCGAAACAUUUUCAUUUGCGUAACGAUAGAGGUGAUUUAAAAGGCUUCUUAACAAACUUUGAAACAUUAUUUUUACAAGUAUCUGUCACAAUCCGACACCUGUCAAUUAGAGAGCACGCAAGAGAAAAAAAAGCGCAAGAAGAUUUGAAAAAUAACGGAACUAGUUUGGCAAGGACUGUCACGACAAUGUUUUCUUCAAAAACAGUCAAUGAUCUAACGGAAAGUAUUAUUGACUCUCAUCGACGAUUCAUUCAUGUACGAAGAUUUACCUCUGUUCAUUAAGUAAACGGCGAGGAAAGUAAUUGUGAGUAAAUUCAAUUUUUUUAUUUUGAAGUUGUGAGAGUUUGCUCGUUUGUUUGCUGCAAUGGCGUGUGUAAAUCUGGUCUUUCCUCCACAAAAACUAAAAUUGAACGGCACACUCCAACGAGACACAAGGAUUUAUUAGGGCCUUUUCUCAAUAAAUUCCUUCAGUAUUGUUGUGCAAUUUACGGUACAAGUCCGAAUUGAACGGACUUGGAAAGACUCACCGAGAGCGUAUAUUUGUCGUAGAACUGAAUUUAAAACUUCGCUCGCUCUUUCACUACGAACAAAUCGUUUGAGAAAAUUCAGAUAUUAAAUGAAUGAAAGUACCAUCGAUCACGUUUAACUGUAACCAAAUAUCUCACAUUUAACUUUCUAGGUACUUUUUGUGAACGAUUAAAAUUAAUUGCAUACGGUUUUUAGGCCGCUUGUCAACCAACGUUGUGACACCAUUGCUUAAACAAAUUAAAUCUGAUACCAAUAUUUUUCUGUCAACCAAAGUGAUUUGAGAGAGAGAAAAGAGAGGAUUCAUUAGUUAUUUGUCGGCUUGAGGUAUUGACCGACGUGUUUGCUUAAAAAUACUGCUCAGCCGGAAAAACGAGAUAUAUAUAUGAAAAAUGGUAACGAAAGUUGGGAUGUACUCGGCGAUUCACGAAAGCGUCACCGUGGCCCGUGGGCAGAGAUAGGAAAUACUGACCGCGUAAAGAACCAAUCAGAUUGCGGGAUUCGUUUCCGUCCCUCUAAAAAAAAUUAAAGUAGAUAAUCGACUUUUAACUGACGGCCGCCUAUUGUUAUUCAUGGGAGCGUGCACAAAUUCCGUCACGGCGGCAAGUGUAACUGGUUUUGCAUGGCAAAUAAACCGUUUCAUGUUUUUACAGGCGGAAAUGUUAUCAUCGUUAUCCGAUAAGACAAGACAAGAGGAAGUGUUUCCAUGAAUCUUGCGACAAUUUCAACCGUUCAUAGAGGUUUAAAAAAUGCGCGUGGCUUUAUCGUUAGGUAAAAGGGAAAAGAAAAGUCACACUUGACUGUGUUAUUAUGUGUUGGCCGGAAUAUAUGGUUUAAUGUUGACCUUUAGAUUCAUGCAAUGCGUCAUUCAUACCACAAAGAUAUAAGAUUCCUUGACUCAUUGCUUGUCAAUGAAUUUUGAAAGUUAUAGGUAUUUGCACUGGAAGGUAUUGAAAAACUUUUAGAGUGCAGGAAUACUGUAAUUUAUUUGCCACUCAUUCAGGUUGGGUGCAAGUAAACUAUAUCAACUACAUGCAAUUGUAAGUGAAACCGUCAGGGACUGUCAGGAUUAAAUGAGUAAAAGUGAAAGCAAAUUUAUAUUUAAAAGCCAUUUUGCUUCAAUGAGUAACGGCUAAGGGAACAUUGAUUUAAUUACUCACAAUGAUGAAUGCUAAACAUAUCAGAGGCGCUUCUCCUCGGAUACUGGUUUUGAGCGGUCAAGGGAUAUUUCUAUGGAAAUUUGUACGUGAUGAUUUAACACUUUACCAUUGAAACCGAAUUGAAAAGGUGAGCAUUGGUCAGCUGUCAGCAGUUAUCUAUACCACUGAAAUGGGUUCAAAACGCCUUUUCAAAGCACAUUAAUUUAAUUUGAAUAAUCAUUCGAAUUACGUUUGGAAAUCUUUUUGGUGAGAAGAAACGGACCUCCAAUUACCAUACAUGAACCAAGAAUUAUGAUGUUAUUUCGGUGACAUGCUAAAUUUUAUUUGCUCUUUCAUAUCACGUCAGAAACGUGAUAUUUUUCUUUAUUUGGCUUAAGGUAAAAUAUUGACUGGACCAUUAAACCACUAGACUAAUUUUGGACUAUUUUUGGACCUUUUUUGGACCAAUUUAUCGAGGGAAGGUAGACCAUUAGUACUUAGGGAGGGGUAGAAGGCAGACUGUUGUUACUUAGGGAGGGGUGGAAGACGAACUUAGGGAGGGGUGGGGGUGGUUGUAUUAGUAAAUGUUACUGAUUGAUGGUGUUUUCAAUAGAUCAUUCCAAUUAUUUUGAGCGGUUUUUCGACUGACUAUUUUCAUGUCAAAAUUUUGCGCUGGUUCGAAGCCUUUAUUUAUUUUUUGUCAAGCGAAUGCAAAAUUGGCACCUAGUUUCAAGUUUUCAAGUUUUAUUAGUUCACACUGUUUACAGAAAAAAUAAGUUAACAUAACAUUUACAAUGAUAUAUAUAUAUAUAUAUAUAUAUAUAUAUAUAUAUAUAUAUAUAUAUGUCUAGACACUGCACUAAAAUUGUUAUUGAAAACAUCGCCAAUUCCCGUUCCGAUCCACCACUGUUAGGUCACGGGUGUGCCUUUUUAAGUCGAUUUGUGCCAGCUCUUAAUGAUACUCACUGGUUAGCAUGAAUCAUCCGACAGAUGCUUCACGUUUUCCUUUGUGAACACAGCAUAUCAUUAUUAAAUUUAUCCACCUUCCUUUUGUCAUUGAUCUUAUCAUACGGCUAAGAUCACGGAAUUUCCGGUCUUUAACACAGUAUUCACAAGCGCAUCGUAAUUUUAACGUUUACACCUUAGCUAUAAAAAAAUCGUCGGUAGUUUCGUACAAAGCAAUCUUCUCUCUUUUCAUAUACAUAGUUUUCCCCUAUAAGAUACACUCAAAUCACGCUUGAUGAUGAGUGUCAUGUCAUGCAUUUUACUUUAUAAGUGACUUUUAAACAGCACAGCUUCAGCGCUGGAUCAUUUUUUAAAUAACAUGUUUGCAUUUUAUGAGGGUCCCCAAAAGAAUUCUUCAAUCCCGCGAUCCCGACUAAAAUUUUCUCUCAAUCCCGUGAUCCCGACGGUUUAUACCGGCCAAUCCCGAUCCCGAUCUAACAAUUCUGUCUUAGUCCAUUUCCUAAACUUAGGAGGGCCUUUUUGGUGGGGGAUUAUUUUCUCAACCAGCAUUGAUCCGUAGAAGUCUAUGGUCAGUAAGUUUAUCUCUCUUCAUCAAAAUGAUGAUAUCUUUCAUUUUUGAAGUUUUCAAAGUUUUACUCGAAUAAAGUACGCUAGUCACGGUAAUGACUUCCUUUCAGACAUGUCAGUAUCAAAGAAGCGAAUAACAAUUUCAACAAGUGCACGAAACACAAACGUUUACGGCAAUCCCAUGGUUCCAUAACAACGGAGAUUAAGAAAAAUCAACUCAACACAAUUCUGCUGUUGAGGCGAAUACUUCUUUCGAGUAAAAAUCAGCCUCUCGUUCCAAAGAUGGAAAGUCGUCAUCAUCACUCGGGGAAUCAUACUCUAAUAUUCCAUCUUCCUGUUCAUCUCGUUUUCCGCUAUUUUCUUGCUGCUCCUCGAAGUCAGAGCGUUCGAGGCUGACCGGUUCGACUGGCUGAAUUUCUCUCUAAUAGACGUACGACGAGGAAGUUCCAGCUCUCGCCAUCGUUGUUUUCUGUCUGACGGUAUAAUUCUGAGACUUGCUGGAGGUUUAAUUUUUAUUCCCGCGCAAUAACUGAAGAGUGUCGCUGAGCAUCCCGACCGCCUCUUGACUGCUAGAGAGUCUGUGCACCUGGUGCUUUUCAUGGACUGACAAAGCAAUUUCUUCAUAAAUUCUCGUCAACGGACAUCUCGGUUCUUGGUUCGUUUAAGUGAUUAUUUCCCGAAUCCCGCUCCUCAAAAUUGCCGAUUCCCGUGUCCCCUUCAAUAUUGGAAUCCUGCAUCUCGCUCCCUUCUUACUUUAAAUUCCCGGUUCCCGGCUUUAAAUAAGUCCAAUCCCGGAUCACGAAAAACCUAUUGGAGACUCUCUUUUAUAGCGAAAUGGCACAAUUGUUCUUUCACAUAGGCGAUGCAUUGAUUCAUUAAGUCCACACAAGUGCAAAUUACAGAAUUACCUUUUUGGAUUUGCAAUUCGCAAAUUAUGAAUUGAUGAUUUAUUGAUAAUUAAUGAUAAUUACGAAAAUGACAUUUUUUCAUUCCGUUUUGUUUCGCAAAUUACAGCGAACCUUUAUGACAAAACGACUUCUAUAUUUCACAAUGACUCAAGAGAGCAUGAAAUCUCUCUUCAAUUUCUGAAACAGUCAAAGUUGAUAAUUGUCUACAAAUUGCAAGCCAGAUCAAAAUGUUAUGCAAAAAAAGUAAAAAAAUAGUCAGUCGAAAAACCGCUCAAAAUAAUUUGAAUGAUCCAUUAAAAACUAUUAAUCAGUAACAACUUACUAAUACAACCACCUUCCACCCCUCUCUGCGUACUAAUAGUUCGUCUUCCACCCCUCCCUCAGUAGCAAGUCUGCCUCCCACGCCUCCCUGAGUGCCGGUAAACUGCGUCCCACCCCUCCCUAAGUAGUAAUGGUCUGCCUCUUCCCCUGAUUAAUUAGUCCAAUAUCCGUCCAUAUUUUACCCUAUGCCACCUUAUUUCCACGAGCCCAAAUAAAAUGUACAGAAAUAAUAAAUGAGAUUCCAAAGACGUCUUAAGGGCCUUUGCAUAAACACUUCGUUACUCAAACAGCAUAAAUCAUGUCCCUCUCGUGCAAUACGGAUUAAACAUGUAUCAAUCAAUUUAAUAUUAAUGUCAAUGCUUGGGAUCAGGUUGCCCCGUGUAUCCGAGCCAGAGGCUCGUGUAUACGACGUGGGACAGUAAGCAACAUACAAUUAAAAAACAAAAAACAAAAACAAAAAAAUUAAAAAUUAAACCUACAAAAAGAAAUGCUUUAAUUAAAACUAUCGGCAGGGCGAUAACACCAGGUGCUCAAUCAAAGGGGCGCAUUGUUCCACAUUUUACAUCUGGCAUUAGAUUAAGUCUGGGAACAAACAACAUCGAGCGGUUCACGAACAAGCUCUCCUGCAUCACUUUGACCCAAACAAGAAAGGACAGAAGUUUGAAUAUCGGCCAUCUACUCCAAACAAACAAUCAAACUCAGAACCUCAAUUGCAGGAAACAUCUACAGAAUUAGAAAAUCCAUUCACAUUUACAAAACACCGUCAUACCCCUGACAUUGGAGUCAGACUUAUUAGGAAUAGUGACAGCACACUUGAGUGUCAUGAUUAUCAAGAUUUUAAAAGGUUUUUCCUGGAUGACGAUGUAGAGCAUGCUAAAGAUGAGUUUCUCGUAUUGAAAACUCGUAUCCGCCACGGAAAGGUGUCUUGUGUAACUUCUUGGGAAUGUUCAGUCAAAAUCUGCCGAUUUCUCUCGCUUUCAUCGUCAAAUUGAAAAUGGAGUAUGCACAUUCUACGCAGGCAGCAACUUCCUGUCGACAUGUUGAUUGCGCCUAGUCAAUCAAGGAUAUUCUUCCAUAUGUAAAAUCUGGUUACCAGAAGUGUGUAAUAACGCUACACUUAUUUACAUUUUCAUCUGCUCGAUCCACAGGAGGAGGUGUUCUCACCGUCAUCGGGGGAGAUGAUAACUACAAAGACGACAAGGAAGAGAAUCGAGAGGUUAUUUCAAGUUGGGCGAAGAGGAAAGUCUCUUCACAGUUCGGCAGUGAGUAUCUUGAUGGCAGGAAGAGCUUUAUCUUCUCCUGGAACAAACAACAUCGAGCGGUUCACGAACAAGCUUUACUGCAUCACUUUGAUACAAACAAGAAAGGACAAAAGUUUGAAUAUCGGCCGCCUACUCCCAACCAACAAUCAAACUCACAACCUCAAUUGCAGGACACAUCUACAGAAUUAGAAAAUCCAUACACAUCCAAGAGUUGCUCACAUAACGGUAAAGACACCUCUUUACUGUCAGCUGACAACGAAGAAAAUCCGACUGAUUCACACCUUAGUGGCGUCAGUAGUGCCGCGGGCGGCAGCAGAGACUCGGCGGGGAUGGAACCUUCUUGCAGUAAUCAGGGAGACAGUACUUACACACCAAACACACAUGUGAUCCGCCCAAGAAGUUCUGAAGAACCGGAUAUUGACGCUGACUCGUCUUCUAACGUUACCGAAGAUCAAUUACAAACUCAAUAUUUAGAAGUAAAAAGCUGUCAUGGGGAGAGUUCCCAAAAUACCCCGCAGCCUGUUCUGGCGACACAACUCCCUGGAAACCCUCCUCCCGUUGUUGUGCUAAGAAGUAUCGCUCGUUUUGGAAAGGUAUCUAAUCAAUUAGGUGACCUUCAAGUUUGGGACCCUGAAUUUAUAAUUCCAGAGGAAAUUCAAGAAAGGUUGCUUACUAAACACCGUCAUACCCCUGAGAUUGGAGUAAGAAUUAUUAGGUAUAGUGAUGGCACACUUGAGUGUAAUAUUGAUCAAAAUUUUAAAAAGUUUUUCCUGAAUGAGGAUAUAAAGCUUGCUAAAGAAGAGUCUCUCGUAAUGAAAACUCGUAUCCACCACGGAAAGGUGUCUUUUAACGACGUUGAUGUACAGUUUAAGUCUGGAAAUAUUCCCAUUCCUCAAGACAUUAUCUAUGGUUUCACAGAAAAAGUUAGUGCUGACCUGUACAUCAUUUUAGGAGCUGAAAGGAAAUUUCGACUCAUAGUAAAAAGUGAAAGUGCUUCUAAUAGAGUAGAAGAAUUUUUGAAUAGAGCGCUUCAUUUUUUUUUCUCUCGUUGAAAAUGUAUUUUCUGUUUGUAAGUCAGAGCGAGUAGGAGUUUCUGUGGCACGAAAUACUUUUUGCGUACUCAUAUACCUUAUCAUGUGAACAAUCCAUAGAG